AUGGCGGUCCCCUCGUGGCAGCGCGCGCUGUUGCCAGACGUUCUCGCGGCGAUGUGCGGGGCACUCGCGGCCGCGAGCGACGGCCGCUGCACGGAGCCCGCGUGGUGGUCCGUCUGCGCCCGGAGCUUCGCCGACUUGGCCGCAGACGCCGAGCCGGCGGUGCGUACUGCGGCGUUUUCCGCGGCUCCUCGGGCCCUCACCUGGCAUUGCCUUCUGGAGGAUUGCGCCGGCUUCGAGUGCCUGGCAGAGGUGUGCGUGCGCGCGCUGCAGGAGGGAGACCUCGCCGCGCUAUGUGCUGGGCACCGCCUGGUCAGGGCGAUGUUGGGAGCGGCCACAGGGUCGCCAGGUCCCUACUGGCCGCUCUGGGCGCGGCUGCUGCCGCGCGCGGCCGGGGCGGCCCUCGAGGAUGGCGCCGACGGCGUCGGCGGGCCACGGUUGGCAUUGCUCCUCGAGCUGAUGUGCGCGUUCACCCGAGCGCUUGUCGGGGAGCUGCAGUCGUUGGUGGACCAGGUGUGCGGCACCCCGCCCGACGAGGCGCCCUACGAGUCGGAGGCACAGGACGACGUGGCGUGGCUUCCCUCAGACGCCGACGCGAUCUGGGAGAAGGCGACGCCCGUAGCCAUCGAGCAGCAGCGGGAAGAGCGCGCCUGGCAGGCCAUGGCAAAGCGUUUCGCCCCCUCGCCGCGGACGGCGGACAGCACCGGCGACGCAGCCGAGCCUCCUGUGCAUUGUUGCGAGGCGUCUCGCGACCGCCGUGGCAAUUUGGGCAACAGACAGGCGCUGCGCCGCUGCGUUUCCGAUUUCUGUAAUAGCUACGUCAACGGGGGCAGCGGCGUGACCAGCGAGGGGCGCUCGCCGCCAUGCCCAGCCUCACCGCGGGCGGCCCCGCAGGAGGAGGCACGGCGCCAGCAGCCCGUUCCACCGCCGCCAGAGGAGGAGGAGGAGGAGGAGAAGGAGGAGGAGGACAAGCGCAGCGGCCGCCUCGCAGGCUGGGCGCGCUCCGUGGGCGGUGCGUUGGCGUCCUUGGAAGACCAUCUGGAGGGCCUCGCGCGGGACGAAAGGGGGGAGCUGCCAGAGGCAGGCACGGCGCGCCCGGCCGCGCCCGCGUGUGAGCCGCCGCUGUCGCGAUUGAUGUCUCGCAUCAGCCGCGUCACGCACAGCUUCCAGGGGGACGAGGCCCCCGCGCCGGACGCAGUGGGCGCUCCGCCCGAGGGCUCGCCAGGGCGGCCUGCGGAAGCCGGAGCGCGCGAGGGAUGCGAGAAUGUGUCGGCGCUGCCGCCGCCGCCCGCGCCCACCGCCGCCGCGGCGACCAGGGCUGUUGCAGCUGACCAGGCGGCGGCGCUUCUGGCCUGGCUCGUCGGGGGCCUGCUGCCCUUCGUGCUCGGGCUCUCCCGCCUGGUGGACUGGCAGCGGCCCGCCUCGGAGGCGCCGCUGGCGAUCCUCAGCCACUGGCUGCGCCUGCUGAGCGCCGUGCUCGGGUGGGAGUUCCGGCGCCGCGUUGUCGUCCCACAGUUGCGGGCCCUCUUGGCGGAGGAGGCAGAGCGCAAGCUCUCUUGCAGUGGCGCUGCUCCGAUUCCCACCGCACCCAGCGACGGCUGCGCAGAGGCUGCCGCUGCUCCGAAUGAGCUUGGCGACGUCGCUGCGCCAUGCACCUCCUUCCUGCUGGUGUGCUGCCACGUGCUCGCGCCAGCUGCUCCAGCGGAGGCGGUGCGAGCCCUCGGCGUUGGGACGCUGAGGGCAUUUUCUGGCGAGGCAUGUGGCUGGAGUCUUAGCAGUGAGGCCUCAGCCUCGUUGCUGCGCGCCGUCUGGCGAAGCCUUGCUGCGGCCUCGCCUGCCGUCGCCGCGGCAGCCAUGUCGGCGCUGUGGCCGUGCGUGCACCACGAGGAUCCGCGCAUGCGCUUGGCAGCCGCCGUGGCCUUGUCGGCCCUGGCACAGGGGCCCGAGGCGCCUGCCGCCGUGGCCUCUCGCCACGUCCUCCCCGCCCUGCUGACGCUGGGCAGCGACGAGGACUCGGCGGUGCAGCGGCGCGCGGUGGCAGGGCUCGGGGAGCUCUGGCCCCGAGGGCUGGAGGGCGAGCUCGGCAGGCAGAUCGAGUCCCACCUGGAGCAGCUCAUAGAGCGCGGAGACCCCGACGUGCUGGCGGAGGUCGUGCGCGCGUUCACGCGCCUGGCCUCCGAGGGCACCGCGGGACCCGCGACCGUGGAGACGCUGGAGGACUUCGUGUUGCCGCACCUCGGCUGCCUGGCAUUCUCGCGCGCCCUGACCGACCGCCACGCGCUGCAGGGCGCGGUAGCGGAGGCGCUGCUGGCGGUGGCGCACCGGAGGCCGCCGAUCGCCCCCGGCCCCGCCGAGGGCCUGCUGCUGCCAGCGCUCCGCGAGCAGGCCAAGGUGGCGCCAGAGCACGCGGAGCAGCUGCGGGAGGCCGCCAGCAGGCUGCGGCUGGCGCUGCCGACGCAGCCCGUUGCGUGA